GGUCGGGAGCCAGGUACGGCUAGCAGCGGUGACCCCGGCUGCGCGCCGCCACGCGCUCAGGUGAGCAGACGGCGCGCGACGGUACGGCAGAGAGUGGGGUGCUGCUGCGUCCGUCCACACAGCGCUGGGGUGUGAGUGGAGUGACUGGGGUGACAGAGGACACCCAGCAGCCCGGGAUUUCAGAGGUCACUCACCAAUCGUUACUGGCUGCAUGUCACCGGAAGACAUUACCUACCGUCAGCGAAGAACGAAACCGGCUGUCAUCAGCUGAUAACUGACGUCACUCGGCGUCAGCUGACGUGACUUCUCACCUGUCAUAUCCCCAUACUCACAUCAUGUUCAACUGGGCCGGCCUGGCCGGUAUUAUCGUGUUUUAUAUUGCCAUUCUGCUGGUCGGACUAUGGGCGGCAUGGAAGAGAAAGAAGGAGCUGCAAAAUGCAGAGGAGGACACGGAGGAGUUGAUGCUGGCCGGGAGGAACCUGGGCGUGUUUGUCGGCAUCCUGACGAUGACUGCCACCUGGGUCGGAGGUGGAUACAUCAACGGCUCGGCGGAGGAGACGUACAAGGCCGGUCUGGUGUGGACACAGGCGCCGUUCGGGUACUCCAUCAGCCUGGCGCUCGGCGGUAUAUUUUUCGCGCACAAGAUGCGCGAGGAGGGCUACACGACCAUGUUGGACCCGCUGCAGGCGCGACUGGGCCGGGUCAUGGGCGGCCUGCUGUUUAUCCCGGCGCUGCUCGGCGAGCUGUUCUGGUCGGCGGCCAUCCUCGGGGCGCUCGGGACCACCAUCAACGUGAUUCUGCACCUGGACGAGUACGUGGACUACGGCAACACGCUCUCGAUCGCGCUCUCCGCUGCCAUCGCCGUGUUCUACACCCUGUUCGGAGGCCUGCUGUCGGUGGCCUACACUGACGUCAUUCAGCUCAUCUGCAUCUUCAUCGGACUGUGGUUCUCCAUUCCGUUCGCGAUGACUAACGAGGCGUUCACGACGCUGGAUAUAUCGGAGAACGACUGGAUCGGCUCAGUGGAGCCGCACUACGCCGGCGUCUGGUUCGACUACGCCAUGCUACUCAUCUGUGGCGGCAUACCGUGGCAGGUGUACUUCCAGCGGGUGCUCUCAUCCAAGAGUCCGCGUCGCUCGCAGCUGCUCAGCUACGCGGCCGCCGGCGGCUGUAUCUUCCUGGCCAUUCCAGCAGUGCUGAUCGGAGCCAUCGCCAAGGGCACCAAGUGGGAGAUGACCGAGUACGGAAGGACUCCGACCGGUGACGACACGCGCUUCGUGCUACCGCUGGUGAUGCAGUAUCUCACGCCCGAGUGGGUGGCGUUCAUCGGUCUUGGCGCCGUGUCUGCCGCCGUGAUGUCGUCAGCCGACUCGUCAGUCCUCUCUUCGUCUACCAUGUUCUCCAGAAAUAUCUACCAGCAAAUAUUCCGGCCCCGGGCCUCUGAGCGCGAGAUUAUCAUAGUGAUGAAGAUCGCGAUCCUGGUGAACGCCACGGUAGCGUGCGUCAUCGCCAUCAACGUGCCUUCCAUCUACGGCCUCUUUUUCCUGUGUUCGGACCUGGUGUUCGUCAUCCUGUUCCCGCAGCUGCUCACGGUCGUACACGUCCCGCGGCUGGCCAACACGUACGGCUCCAUGCUGGCGGCGCUGGUCGGCCUCGUUCUGCGGCUAGCAGGCGGUGAGAGUCUGCUGGGCCUGCCGGCCACCGUGCGCUACUGGUGGUACAGCGACACAGACGGACAACUGUUCCCGUUCCGCACAUUCGCCAUGGUUUGCUCCCUCUGCACGCUGGUCGUCACCUCCUUCUGCGUCGAGAAACUCUUCAGCUCAGGUACUUUGCCGUCGCGCCUGGACUUUGCGCGGAGUUUCGACCGCGAGGACAGCGAGGCGACCGGCCUCAACUACCGGCAGCAGCAGCAGGACCUGCAGAAGAACGGCAUCGACAACUACGGCAUGACCGAGACCACCGGGCUGUGACGUCACACAGAGAGACCAGUGUGACGUCACACAGAGACCAGGGCGCCCUGUGACCUCACACUCCGCUGGGUGACGCGCUCGCUUACUCGAGGCGGUUGCCGUUUUACCAACGAUUGCCAGUUUUAGCUCUCAGACGUGAUUUAGCAGUUUUAUGAAGCUUGGCAAGACCGAAGUAGGUGCUAAAUUCUGAGACACUUGACGGAGACUGUGCUAAUGUACUGGAAAACAUCCUAGAUCCUGUGCAGUUUUGAGAGCUGUUUGUCCAGAGCCGGAGUACAACAGCCGAUUCAGACUAGUUCCGGCCAGACGGGAUGUCUGUGGGUGGGUUGGCGCUCCCGGAACUUACAGUGAACCUCGUCAAACUCCCCGACACAAAGGGCUUCCACAGAAAUCGCGUUAUAUUGCGACGCUCAUUGAAUGCUAGCUACUUGAGAGUGCGCAGCAGCGCUCUUGUAGUAAAUGACCGUAAUUUUCCAAACCGUCCUCAGUUGUCGGUCGCGUACGGCGGAAUGCGGCGACAGCAUGUUCUUGAAUCCGUUUAAUUUCUGAGCUCUCUAACGGCCCUUGGAGAUGCAAGAAGUUUGUCGAGUGGCACGGCAGGUCCCAUUGACUACGGUCGCGCUGCCAACAGUGCCGGGCUGGUUGUGUGUUCCCUGGCCGGCGUUGUGAGCUCCCUGGUCCGGCGUUGUGUGCUCCCUCUAUUAAGCGCGGCGGGUCAAUCUGAGCCAGGUCAGGUGGGCGUAGUCUAGAUCAGUGGCAUCAGCUGGCUGUAUAAGAUUACUGGUCAUGGCUAGCUAACAGAGGCUCCAGAGGAACGGUUUUACACGGCUGACGCCACGCGGUUUCAACGUAAAUGCUCAGCGGAGUGCAAUGGACAUUUGAUUCGUUCCGCUCCACAGCUGUGACAAAAGCAGACGGAACAACGUUCCAGGCAGUAUUCCUUUUUACUGUAUGCCUGGCCUAUUCAAAUACAUUAGCCAGAGGGGUGUGGUAAUAACUGGUGUAAGCAAAUUGACCACGGUCAAAAAUGCAUUACCAGAAUGCACUUAAGCCAACAUUUUGGGAUGGUCUCGUUCCUAAGUCGGCUAAGAGCUUCGGUCCAGAAAAUAAAUUUAUCGUUGGCAUACAGUAAAAUACAUACCAAACUCGGCCGGUGAUAAAUUUUCAAGACCUCAGUCCUUACUGAUUUUUGAACUCGGCCUUCGGCCUCGUUCAAAAAUCCAGUAAGGACCUCGGUCUUGAAAAUUUAUUUACACCGGCCUCGUUCAGUAUUAUAUAAUCCGACUGCAUUCAACGGGGUGCUAAGACAAGUAACCCUUUUACUGACUAUUUUAGGCAAGAAUGUUCGUGUGGGAGGUUAGUGGAUUUCCAUGAAUCAUUCCAUAUUUUAGAUAAUGCGUCAAAACAGGAUUAGGGCGCAGAGCCAGAAGGUCUAUAUUUAUAUUUUACGUAUACGAUACAUUUAUACACACACAAAAAGCGCCUGACUCCAGUUGAAUGUGUCACAUUGUGUAUCAGUAACUUGACUGUGUACUGUGUAGUGUGCACUGGGUUGUGUGCGGCGGGUGCCCAAGCCACACAGUUGCAGAGGAGUGCCUCUUGCCGCCAUUUAUUUGUAACAAGCAUGUUGGAAGCGAGAUCGAAGUGGAUGUAUUAUAUGGCAGCUGUGGAAAGUUAUGCCGUCCAAGUUAUGUUGAAUACAUGUGCAAGGUGUCAUGUGUCAUUCAC